AUGACACAUGGACCUCUACAUUAUGAUAACGAACGAUUAAGCUCUCUUUUGUACAACCCAAUUGAUAAUUCGUCUGUCUCUAAUCAGUUUUUCUUUAAUGAGUUAGAUCCAGAUCAACAGUUUACUUUUUCUCCUCCUCCUAGUAAUUAUUAUACUGAGGAUGAAAUUAAUGCUAAGCUAACUAAUAGUUCAAAUUCUCCUCGCUUCUCUGUAUUUCAUAUUAAUACACGAAGCCUAAUCGGUCAUUUAGAUAAAUUUAAAUUCCUGCUUAGUCAUUUGCAAAAUCCAUUUUCUGCCAUAUGCGUAUCGGAAACCUGGCUAACUGAGCUUACGUCGGACCAGGUGGAAAUACCUGGAUAUAAAUUUAUUUCGAACCACCGCGAUAGCAAGUCCGCCGGUGGAGCAGGUCUUUAUUUACUUGACGAUUUAGAAUACAAAUUAUGCCGCGAUUGUAAUUAUUCUGAACCUGAAGUGAUCGAAACUCUUUUGUUGAAAUUAACAUUCCCAAUGGGAAAAAUAUUAUAGUUGGUACUGUUUAUCGUCCGCCUAAUUAUAACACUCAGGACUUUUUGGAAAAAUUUAAUGAGAUUCUUGCUAAAAUAACUAGAAAUGACAAAUAUUGUUAUUUGGGUGGAGACUACAAUAUAGAUCUGUUUCACUAUUCCGAUCAUGCCCCUACUCAAGAAUUUGUUGAUAGUCUAUUUUCCCAUAUGUUCAUUCCUCUAAUCAAUAGACCGACUCGGAUCACUGCUCAUUCGGCCACACUUAUUGAUAAUAUAUUCACGAAUAAUGUAAGGUGUAAACAUUUCAAUGGUAUUGUUAUUAAUGAUAUUUCUGACCAUCUACCGGUUUUUGUUUAUGAAGUGGAUGAGACAGAAAUAGCGUCGAAAAAUAGCCAAACUAAAUAUCUCACUAAAAGAGAUUUUUCAGAAAGAAAUAAGAGCAAUUUUCGGCUCUCUCUUUCUCGUGUUAAUUGGAAUUUACGUUUCGAUGAAAGCGAUACUAAUGAAUGUUAUAAUAGUUUUGUGAGUGAGUAUGUUCGAUUAUACAAUGAAAGCUUUCCAUUAAAAACGAUAAAACUUAAAACAAAGAAAGUAAUGCGCUCCCCUUGGAUAACGCAAUCUCUGCUUGUUUCUAUCAGGAAAAAAGAUAAACUCUAUAAGCAGUUCAUUAAUUCUAGGGACUCAACUACUGAGUUAAAAUACAAACGCUAUCGGAACAAACUGAAUCAUCUUAUAAAAAUUGCUAAACGAAAGUACUAUGAUACAAAAUUUGAGAAGGCUAAAAAUAACCUGAAAGAAACUUGGAAACUAAUCAAUGAUGUAAUCAACAAACCGAGCAGAAAAGCAGCUCUGCCAAAUUCCUUUUUCUCUGAUGGAAAACUGUUAAAUGAUCCACAAGAAAUAGCUAAUUGCUUUUGUAAGUUCUUCACCAACAUAGGUCCGAAUUUAGCAAGGAAAAUUCCAGACACACAAGUAUCUUUUCGUAGUUUUCUUGGCGUUUCUGUUAAUGAGUCGCUUAUCUUAAAUCCAACUAAUAUUUCGGAACUAAAUCAAAUAUGCAACUCUUUUAAAUCUGGAAAGUCGCCUGGAUAUGAUAACGUUUCAAUGGAUAUAAUAAAAAGCACCUUUGAUCUCAUUUCUCAGCCUUUGGCCAAUGUAAUCAAUUUGUCUCUUAUUAAAGGAGUAUUUCCUGAUGAAUUGAAAAUUGCUAAACUGAUUCCGGUAUUUAAAGCUGGUGAUUCCCAGUAUUUCACUAACUACCGUCCAAUUUCGCUUCUUUUUCUAAUUUUUCUAAAUUCUUUGAAAGAGUUAUGCACAAUCGUAUUACAAAUUUUUUAGAUCGUUUAGAUAUCUUAUACUGUUGCCAAUUUGGAUUUCGUAAAAAUAUUCUACAGCGCUGUCUUUAAUUCAUCUUAUUAAUAAAAUUGCAACUGCUAUUGACAGAAGCGAAUAUACAGUUGGCAUAUUCUUAGACUUAUCAAAAGCAUUUGAUACUUUAGACCAUCAAAUACUCUUGUCUAAGCUUGAGCAUUAUGGGAUUCAUGGGCUAGCACUUAGCUGGUUGAAAAGCUAUUUGUCAAAUCGCGUGCAGUUCGUCCAGUACAAAGAGACUUGUUCUAUUAGGCUGACUCUGAGCUGUGGAGUCCCUCAAGGUUCUAUAUUAGGACCAUUAUUGUUUGUUUUGUAUAUCAAUGACCUCCCUUGUGCUACUCGUCUUGCUGAAACUAUGCUUUUUGCAGAUGAUACUAGUGUGUUUUAUUCUAAUCCCGAUUUAAAUUGUGCUAUUUCUGCCGUAAAUAAUGAUUUAUCUCAAAUUGAUCUUUUUAUGAAAGCAAAUAAGCUCUCUGUUAACAUAACGAAAACUAAUUAUAUCAUUUUUUGCAGCAAGGCAAAAACCAGUCGGCUUCCCAAUAAAUCCUGUCUUGUACGAUGAGGUUUUAUUAAAACAAGUAAAGGUAGUUAAAUUUUUUAGGGUUUUUAUCGACGAGCAUCUAACGUGGAAGCCGCAUAUUACUUAUAUAUGUAAGAAAAUUUCAAAAUCUAUUGGCGUCAUGUUUAGGUCUCGUUUCUUUCUUUCUGAAACAACAAAAAGUCUCUUUAUUAUACCUUAAUUUAUCCUUAUUUAACAUAUUGUACCACAGUUUGGUCCUCCACUUAUGUAACAAACCUUAAUAGAAUUUUUUCUUCUACAAAAGCGAGCAGUACGAAUUAUUACAAAUGCAGAUUUUCGCGCGUACUCUGAACCAUUAUUUUUCCGUUUAAAGAUUUUGGACAUAUACAACAUUAAUUCAUUCUAUACUGCACAAUUUAUGUUUUCAUAUUAUCAUCAAUUACUGCCACCGCUUUUUUUUUCGAACCUUUUUGUUACUAGUAGCAAUAUUCAUAAUUAUAAUACUAGAAGUUCCUCGCAUUUCCGUUCUCAUGCCUGCCGAACUAACACCAAACAAUUUUCUAUUUUGUUCCAAGGCCCAAAAAUUUGGAAUUCUUUACCAAACUCAGUCACUUCGAUUUUUACAUUGCAAUCGUUUAAAACGAAAGUUUUUGAUUUUCUACUAUAUCGAUAAUGCGUCUUGUACUGUCCGUUGUUGUGUGUUGUUAUAG